AUGAAGUUCCUUGCCACCCUCAUCCCCGCCUUCUUGGCCUCCACCGCCAUCGCGGUUCCUUCCCGCCAGGAGCGCUCCGCAGCCCGUUUCAACCGCCGCGAGGCCCUCCGCAACUCCAACCCUCUCCAGGCUUCUGACCUCGAGGAGCUCCGCCUCGCCAAUGCCAACGAGUCCCAUGUCUCCUACUCCUCCAACUGGGCUGGCGCCGUCCUCAUCGGCACCGGCUACAAGAGUGUCACGGGCACGAUCACUGUGCCUACCCCCAAGAAGCCCUCUUCCGGAUCUUCGUCUACCCAGUACGCUGCCUCCGCCUGGGUUGGCAUCGACGGCGACACUUGCUCAACUGCCAUCCUUCAGACUGGAGUGGAUUUCUACAUCAAGGGCUCGACGGUCAGCUUCGAUGCGUGGUAUGAGUGGUAUCCCGACUAUGCGUACGACUUCACUGGUAUCACCGUGAGCGCGGGUGAUCAGAUCAAGAUGACUGUCACUGCGACCAGCACCAGCGCUGGAAGUGCUGUCAUCCAGAACUUGACCACCGGUAAGACGGUGACCAAGACCUUCAGCGGCGAGACAAACAAGUAA